ACCGGCGAUACUAGUACCUGAAAGUACUAGCUGCUAUAAACAGUCGGCAUAUUAUACCACCUUGUGACUGUAGGUUACAAUGAAGAUCAGAUCUUUUCACUCAGUAAUAGUAGCAGUUUUUGCUAUUGGGAGCGUGGUAUCCCAAAAUGCAGAAGAAUUGCCUAUUCAUGUUGAGACUGACAACCAGUUUCCUCCAGAAUAUUCAGAAUUAGAUGGACGUACUGAAGGCAGUGAAUCAACCGCUGCGGACAACACUCAACAAACUUCGGGAUCUGCAAUACCUGAAAUAUCUGCGUCGACAUCAGCUAAUGCAGAAACAGUUUUUGAUGAAGGCAAUGAGAGCACUGUUGGAGAACCUACUGAGCCAACGCCAACAUCUUCAGUAACAGAUGGAGCUGAAAUUUCAUCAGUAAUUAACGAUGAGAAUAUUAAUAAUGAUGAAGACACUGAAACCACAGCUGCAGAAACUACUCAAGCGACUUUAGAGUCUACAAAACUUGAUAUACAUGCGUCAUCACUGACAGCAGAUAAUGAGCAAGAUAGUAUUCAAGGCAGCGAAACCCGUACUUCGGAACUGUCUGAAGCAAUUUUAGGAUCAACAAUUGCAGAUACAGUUGCGUCGACAUUGAGAACUAAAGAUGAACAAGAAACUAAUAGUGAAAUCAUUGAAAAAACCGCUGCGCAAAUAAUGUCAGACAUAGCAGCUACAACAUUGCUAACGAAGGAUGCGCAAGAUACUACUAAUGAAGGCAGUGAAACCACGGCUGCAGAAUCAACUGAACGAACAUCAGGACUUACAACAGAAGAUUUAUCCAUUACAAAUGAUAAUGAGCAAGUUACUAAUAAUGAAGGUGGUUUCAGCACAACCGCGGAAACUACUCAAACAACGUCAGGAUUCACAACAGUAGAUGUAGCUGUACCAAUAAUGGAAACAAGAAAUGGGCAAGAUACUACCAAUAAAGGAAGUGAAACCACGGCUGCAGAACUCACCGAACUAACAACAGGGACUACAGUAACAGAUGUAGCUGAAUCAACAAUGACUAAAGAUGAGCAGAAAACAACCAAUGGUGGCACUGAAUCCACGCCUGCGGAACCCACUGAAUCACCGUCAGGGUCUACAAUAUCAGAGGUUUUGUUAAUUUCACCAACAUUGACAACUGAAGCAGAUGUUACUAAUAAAGAUGUCAGUGAAACCAGGGUUGUGGAACCUAUGCCUACUGAUGAGUCAUCGUGCCCAAAGCCAUGUGUAUGUAUUACAGAAGGGGAUUCAAGCAAUUUAAUAGUAGACUGUUCGAAUAAAGAUCUGACAGAGCUACCAACGCCUUUAGAUUUAAAAACAACAACUUUGAAAAUACAUAAUAAUAAAUUAUCAGUGAUACCUAAAGCAAUUUCAGGACUAAAGAACUUAAAAGUGCUAGAUGCAAGCGAUAAUCUAAUUACUGAAUUGGAAUCUGGAUCAGUCAGUGAACUACCGGAAUUAUUGUCAUUAAAAUUGGCAAACAACCGUCUUUUAGAAUAUCCGAAAGACUUAGAGAACACUUUAUUUUCGAAUAAAAUUGAAGAAUUAGAUUUAGCCGGCAACGAUAUAAAAGUGACUCCCGAGACUUUCUUGAAUUAUAAAGCUCUUCGUACAGUAAAUUUGCCAGAAGUUACACCCGAUUUACUGUCAGAGUUAUGCACAACAUUAAAGGAAACAUUAGUUACUGUGUGCACCCAAUCUUGUAAUGAAAACUCAUUUAAGUGUGCAGAUGCACCUUUCCACAUGAAUGAUAACUCACUUGAUGCCACAUUACCAGGUAUGAUCCCAUUUAUCCCGGAAAUUGUAAAAGACACUACCGUACAAUCAGAAGAAUACUCAGGAAACUCAGGUGUACAAAAUAUAACUGAUACAACAAAAACAUCUUCCAACCUAGAAUCAAGAGUAACUUCUGGCACGCUGCCAAAUCUAGAUGCAUUAUUGAAUUCAGGAAUAGAAAAAAUAGUUAUAACUUCGCCAGUUUCCGAAGCACCAGAGACAUCACCUAAUCCAGCUUUAAAGAAAACUUCUGAUAAUAUGCCAGUACCAGAUAUAUCGUCUACCUCGAGGAGAAAAGAGUUUUCUGAAAUGACACCAGAAGAACCGCAGUUUCCAGAGACGUUAUCUGGGGCCAAGGAAACUCUACCUGUCAGUGAUUUUUCCCUACGGACUGCUGUCAAUAAUGCCCCGCAAGAAAAGGUGGCCUUGCAAAAUAUAAUAAUAGACACCUCGAAAGAGCCAACUUACAAUGAAACUGUUGUGACGGUUGGUGCAAAAACAACGGAUAUUAAAGGAGGCGGUGGUGUAGAUAAAAGUGUGAUUGCCGUUAUUGUGGCAGGUAUGGUUAUAAUAAUAGCUGUUAUAACAGUAAAGAAAAAUUGGAGUUCUAUACGUAAAAGAUUUAGUUCAGAUCCAAGGCCUAAUGAUCGAUCAGGUAGAAAUGAGAAUGGAACGACGGCUGAAGAAGUUCCUCUGCAAGACAAAUCGCCCGUUUAAAAUAAUAAAAGUAUUUAAUAGAAUAUUUAUUUUUAUAACGCUUUGGAUAAAGUUUAAAGUGAAUGGUUUCGAUCUGAAUGACAAUAUUUAUGUUUUUAACAAAAAUGGUGACGCAGUUAUUGAUGUAUGUCUUAAAUAAUAGGUGACACGGAUUGAACUUAAUACAUCUACCGUGCAGUAUGUUUCGUUAUGUAAAUGAUAUUUAAUAAACCCCAAGGUAGAAUAAGUAUUGUUAAGGUAGGUUGUAAUUAAUGUAAAUACAUAUUGAAACUGUACUAUAAUAUAAAUUCACCAUUAUUCUUUUUCAUGUGAAAAUUUCGUAAUAAAACUUAUAAAAUACACCUCUUGAAUAUCUGAAACCUACCUAUCUGUCGCUCUAUUUUGAGUAGGCAUCGUUCUAAACUACAAAAGGGAUUAAUGUGGUACUUAUUUCAUUAGACUUUUUUUUAUUUAAGUGAAAAGUAUGCAGAUGU